AUGACUUUAGAAACUGCGUUUGACUCAGCUGAUUUCAAGACCGAGUUUCUGAUUGCACCACAGCUGAUGCCAAAUGGAAGCCAGACGGAGCAGCUCGAGAUUUCAAUCAGACCACAUCAGAUGGGCAAGCUUGUUACUGCGAAGAGCAACGAUUCUCUCACUUCUUUGAUGUCGGAAUCUACAAGCUCUUCUCCGCCCCCAGAAACUCCGCCCCCCAAGCUGUCGAUAAUGGAAUAUCCUGAUCGUAUGAAAGAAGCGUGGAAGAUGGGAAACCCGCCAGCACCUGCCUUGCGGGCUGUCAGCCCUUUGAACUGCUACAGAGCUCUGUCGAACACUCCGCUCUCAAAAUUCUCUUUCGAACGCUACGUACUACAAGCUCUCUGCAGAGCAUCGGGUACUACUGUUGGUGGUGUUCCGAGUGCUGUUCACUACCGGGACCGUGCCUCUAAAAUAAGGCGCAUCGUCGUCUCACUCUGUGGCGAUGAUUUGUCCCGUCCCUACCAUUGGCGAAGCGUGGGCCCGGAGACAAAUACAGAGGCGAAAGAAAAGGUGUCUACGACGGGUCUAAGCAUCUGCGUGGACCCCCGAAGUCAACGUGCCAUGUACCUCGAGGACUCCAAAGCAGACAAGCGAUGCGUUCCGAGUCCACAUCUCCGCCUCAACAAUGGCACACGUACAGAUCAGCGUCACAUCGCUUCGCGGAAGGCGGAGAGGUAUGGCCAACGGCCGUCGGACCGGCAGCUCUCGACCUGUCCGAAACCACGAAUAGGUACAGUAUCGACUGGCGCAAUGUCAAAUACCGGCCAGAUCACGCCAAAGAACUGGACGUUGUGUGGAGGUGCAGGCCUGCCGCACUUUCAGCGAACCACGUCAACUACAAAAUCAUCUGGGAAUAUGUCACAGGCAGAGCCCGAACAUGAGACCAAGGCCGAAAAGAAAGCGGCGUUUGCUUCUGAAACGAUGAAGAAGAACAUCACAAAAAAUGGGUGCCCCGGUAGAAACUACCACCUCGUCAAAAAUCUGCGAGUCAGAGGCACCGCUGCGGAAGUGGCUACUUGCUAG